UAUCGUAUUCAACUCUGCAUCAAAUUCACCUGACUCUUUAAAAACUUAUUUUCCUUAUUUAGCCCUAAUUUGGAUUUUAAUUUCCCAAUCCCAACCUUGUUCGGAUUGAGAAAACAAAUCGUUUCUCAUUCGCUCUAAUAAAUCAACAAAUUCUCUGAUCAUGGUAUCGUAACCCAAACCCUAAAUUAAGGGUUUUCCUCAAGGAAUCCUUUUGAUCAAUUGAUCUGUGCAUAAAUAAAACCCUAUUUUGUUUUUUAUUUAUUUUUUUAAAUUCUGGAUCUUGCUAUGGCGGAUCAAGAAGAAGAGGAUUUAAGAAUGGCGCUAAGAAUGAGCAUGCAAAAUUCACCACCGGAACCUAAGCGUAGCAAGCCCAGAGACGCCUCUCCGGCAACGGCCGCCACCACAUCCUCUCCGGAGGAUACUAGGCGGCUCCAGAGAGAAUUAAUGGCCGCGGCUGCCGAGAAACGCAUGUCUUCAGCUGCGAAAGUUGCGUUGCCUCCUUCGAAAGUAGUCGCUGCUGCUUCUGAUAUAAGCUCUAUGAAAAGUGAGUAUUUUUCUCGGAAGGAGAAUGAUUUUGGCGGGAAGGAGGGUAGUUUGGUAAAUGGAAAAGAGUUGUCCAGUGAAGAAGCUAAUCAGUUGUUUUUAAUGGUGUUUGGGAAUGUUGUUUCCAAGGAUAUUUUAGCUCAAUGGAGUAACCAGGGCAUAAGGUUUAGCCCUGAUCCAGAAACAUCUAUGGGCUUAGUGCAGCAUGAAGGUGGGCCCUGUGGCGUCUUAGCAGCCAUACAAGCCUUCGUACUCAAAUACCUUCUUUUCUGUCCCUGUGACUUAGGUAGAGCUGUACCAAAUAUGCCGCAAAAUUUUGCUUCUGGAACUAAAAGUCGAUACGUUGCAUCAAAUAACUUUGGCUCUCUAACAGAAGAUGCAAAAGCAAGUGCCCUGGUCAGAAGUAUGGGUGAGAUAUUGUUUCUAUGUGGAAAUAAUAAGAGGGCUGUUAUUGCUACUUUGAGUUCUAUUGGCUGUGAGACUGAGGGAUCUGGAAAUUAUGAGGUAAUUACAAGAGCACUUGAAGGCCUUUCCAUUGAAUCCGCGUGUGAUUUGCAGAAAAUUCUAAGAAUUGAUACAUACACAUCACAAGAAAGGGCAUUCCAGAGGCUCCAAGCUACAAUUCCUGUAUUCCAAUCUCGUAUGGGAGCAUUGCUAUUCCUUAUUUCUGCAUUGUUAUCGAGAGGAUUGGAUUCUGUUCAAGCCGACCGAGAUGACCCAAGCCUUCCUUUGGUUACUGCACCUUUUGGGCAUGCCUCACAGGAAAUUGUGAAUCUGCUGCUCUCUGGGCAAGCUGUCCCUAAUGUGUUUGAUGGUAGAAUGGAUUUAGGUGACGGCAUGUGUCUAAAGGGCAUAUCUAUAAGUGUGGAAGUUGGAUUUCUUACUCUAUUGGAGUCCCUCAAUUUCUGCAAAGUUGGCCAACAUCUAAAAUGCCCUAAGUGGCCAAUAUGGGUUGUUGGGAGUGAGUCCCAUUAUACAGUUCUUUUUGCUCUUGAUACCACUGUUCAAGAUGAGAAUGAGCUGGAAGAAAGAGAGGCACAGAUUCGGAGAGCUUUUGAUGCACAAGAUCAGAGUGGCGGUGGCGGCUUCAUAGGUGAGGAAGGCUUCCAUCAAGUCCUCCGGGAAACCAAUAUUAGAUUUCCACCUGAGAAAGUUGAGCACCUUUGUAGCACGGGCUUUAUUGUGUGGAGUGAGUUCUGGCAGGUCAUUUUGGAUCUAGACAAGAGUUUGGGCGGUCUAAAGGAUUCAAGUGGAUUAAUGGGUAAGAAGGUCUUUGAUCUUUACCAUUUUAACGGCAUUGCAAAAUCUGAUAUAAAUGGCAGUCACAUGGUCUCUGGAAACGAGAUCUCUGCACAGAGGCCCAGGCUCACAAUGCUCAGAGUGUCAGUUCCACCGAGGUGGACUCCUGAGGAAUUCAUGGCAGAUGUGGCAGUGUCCUCUGCUUCUGGGGGAAAUGAAGCAAGCGGAAAGGACACGGAAGUGACGAAACCGGAGCCGUGUCAACAUGCGCCUCUGGUGGACUGCAUAAGAACCCGUUGGCCUCGCGCUGUUUGCAAUUGGGUGGGGGAUCCUCCUAGCAUAGUAUGAACUGGGAGUGUUGCUUAGUGACGCUGCAGGAUUUGCAGUUGUUUUUUCUGAAAGGCGGGAGAGUUAGUUUUCAUGGUUCAUCUGUCUCGAGCAUGGGCCACGCCAGUUUCCGCCUUGUGUUGUUGUAGCUUUAUUAUUUAUUCCUAUUCGAUUUUGAUGUCAGAUACUUGAGAGAGGGAUUUUGCCAAUAUUAUUGAUCCAAUGUGUAGAAUCAAUUUAUAGAUACCUGUGUUUAUUAGGAAGUUUUCAGGGAGGAAAUGUCAAUAAUGACCUGUCAAUUCUUGCCGUUCAAUAUGUGUAAUAGCUGAACUUUUCUUUGUAGGAAUUGUUAUUAAUAACUUAAAUGAUUUUUUCGGUGGCUUUCA